CAUAUAUGACUGGAAAAAGGCCCUGAAAAGAGUCGAGGAGGGAAGGAAUUGUUGCGAAAACUUAAGCAGGAUUUUUUCAGAAAUGAUAAGAAUUGAAAAAGAUUAUGAAAAUAAUUUAAGGAAUUUAUGUAGUAUGUUUCAAAUAUUUGAUAAUGAAUCAUCAGGUAUAAAUAAUGGUAUUAUUAGUUUAAGAAAAAAUAUUGAAAGGAGAUGUGAACAAAUAAAAGAGUUUAUAAAUUAUAUGGAAUGUGAAAUAUUAAAUAAUACAUUAAAUAGUACUUUAAUAAAUCAUAAGAAUGUUUUUGAUCAGAUUAAAGUUGAUGGGAUAGAAAAUGAUAGAAUUGUUGAAAGGACAAGAAAAGAGAGUCUUAAAAAUAUUGAGAAUUGUGUUUAUGCUUAUGAGAAUUUAAUAGAUUGUAUUAAUAUUUUUCAUAAUAGUAGAUAUUUUCAUCCUUUAAAAAGAAUAGAAUUAUCUACUAGUUGUAUUAAUAAAUAUUUAUUUGCAAAAAAAAAAGAAUAUGAAUAUAAAAAUACAAUUAAUAAUAUAAAUUCUGUAGAAUUAAAAAAAGAAAAAAGAUUAAAAAGUAUAUUAUACUCCUUAGAAUCAAUGGACCAUAAAAGAAUAUCAUGUCUUAAAGAUAAUAUUAUGAAAUAUUUAAUAUUCUUUACAUCCUAUAUAAGAAAUAUACAAUAUGAUAUAAAUUCUUGUAUUGAUGUUUUUAAAGAUAUCAAUGCAUAUAAAGAAAUUGAAGAAUAUUGUACAUGGCAUUCUAAUAUUAAUCGAAAAAAAGAAAAUGAAGAUCUAAUUUUUUAUAAUAAUAUUGUUUCUUGGCCUAUGCUAAUCGAUUAUUUUAAUGAGUUAUAUAAUAUUAAUAAAAAGCACCUUGAUCAGAAUAUUACUUUAAAUGAUGAAAUGCAAGUUGAUUAUACUAACCAUAAUAAGAAGGGAUACGCCAAUUUUAUAUCGACCUUUUUUAAUGUUAACAUGUAUAAGAAUCUGAUACAAAGCAAUAAUAUUAAAAACAAUCGCAAUUUUAAUAAUAUAUAUACGAAUAUAUUUAACGAGAUUGUUUUUUUCAACAAAAAGGAGAAUGAAAAGGAAGAUGAUGAGGUCGAAGAGGAAGAAGAAAAUGAAGAAAAUGAAGAUGGAGAAAAUGAAGAUGGAGAAAAUGAAGAUGACGAAGAAGAUGAUGACGACGAAGAAGAAGAUGACGAACAAGAUGAUGAUGACAAUAUUGUAGAUGAUUAUGUUGAUGAUGACAAUAUUGUAGAUGAUUAUGUUGAAGAUGACAAGUUUGUAGAUGAUGGUAAUGAAGAGGGAAACCAUAAGAUAGAGGAAAGAAAAAAUAUUGUCAAUUUGAAUGAAGGUGACUAUAAGAAAGAAAAGGAUAAAAAUGUAAUUGAUACCUCAAGUAGGGUAGAUUUUUUUGAAAAUGAUGAUAAUGUGUGUUUAAAGGAUGAAGAUAAUAAAAGAAAGGGGGAAGGAAAUGAUUUCGUUUAUAGUAAGGAUAAAGAGUUGGGUGUUGACAAUUUUGAUAAGGAUCAUUUGAAGAAUGAAGAGCAUUUUAUGAAAAAGCAAGAUAUGAAAUGUGAUAAGCAAAAUAAAAUCAAAAAUAACGACAACAACAAAAAUGACAACAACAACAAAAAUGAUAACAACAACAAAAAUGAUAACAACAACAAAAAUGAUAAUAACAACAAAAAUGACAACAACAACAAAAAUGACAACAACAACAAAAAUGACAACAACAAAAAUGACAACAACAAAAAUGACAACAACAAUAAUAAUGACAAGUCUUUUAUUCCAAGUGAAAAAAGCGAAAGCGAUAUAGAAUCAGAUUAUAGUUAUAAAUAUAUAAAGAAUAUUUAUGAAAAAUUUAAAAGUGUUAAUGAAAGCAAUGGUGAUGUGAAUGGUUGUUCAAUUGUUUCACCUAAUAUAAAUAAUAAUGUGAAAAGAAUGAAAAUAUUUUUUCGUUAUUAUAUUAAAAAUUUAUUUCUUGGAAAUUUUGAUAAAAUAUUAGAUUUUCAUAUAACUAGCCAUUUUAAUAUUUAUAGAAAUCGAUUUUUAUUUUGUGAGUGUUUAAUUGAUUUUAUUAAAAAGAAGCGAGUUUUUUUUGUUAAUGUUAAAAGUAUAGUUAUAUUUGCAAAAAUUAUUUUAAUAUUAUUAGAUUAUUGUAGUUUGCAUUUAGAUUAUUGGUCUUGUAUUUAUAUUUUGGUUGCUUCUGAAAAUUUUUUUUGUGAAUUAGAAGUAGAUGACAUAAAUACCUUGUUGUCUAAAUAUCCUUUUAAUGAAAAAGUAAAAGAGAAUAGCAAAAACAAAAAAAAACAAAAAAAAAUAUUAUUAAAUAAUAAUAUCAUCUACAAUGUCAAUGGGAAAAUAAAUAAAAAUAUAAAUAUUAAUAUAAUGAAUGAAAAGAAUUCUCUAAGAAAGGACAUUGAUAUGUCUGAUGAGUCUAAGAAGAAAAACCAAAAAAAAAAAGAUACAUUUUCUUCAUCAUCUUUUUUAAUAUGUGAUUCGAGUGAAAAUGUAAAAAACAGCCAAAUGGAUCCUCAGAUAGAUAUAGAGAAUUUAGAAGAUGAUAAUAAGUAUGUUUCUAGAGAUAAUAAUAAAAGUAUAGUAAAUAUAUAUGAAUGUAAUAAAAAUGGAUCUAAAGAAUUAAAUGAUAGGGUUAGUGUAUGUGAUAAUAACCAUAUGGAAAUAAAUGAAGAAAUAGAAACUUAUCAUAACAAACUAAACGAUAAACAGAAUGAAGAAAAGAUGGAUGUAACAAAUUAUAGUAUCCAACUGAAUAAUAAUAAUAAUAAUAAUGAUAAUAAUAAUGAUAAUAAUAAUGAUAAUAAUAAUGAUAAUAAUAAUGAUAAUAAUAAUGAUAAUUGUAAUAGUAAUAUUUUUAUUGAAAAGAACGAAAAUCUGUGUAGUAAGAAAAAAAAAAUUUUCCUAGGUAAAUUUUUAUAUACACACACUAUAUGGAAUAAUAUAAAAUUUUGGGAAGUUAGUAUCUUAAUUAUUAUAUCAGAAAUAAUACAAGAAAUGGUUUUAUUAGAAAAACUAAGAUAUGAAAAUAAAGAAUUGCUAAUUAAAAACUAUUUUUUCUUUUUUAAAUAUUUCAAUUUUUAUAAUAGUAUGAUCAAUUUCGGUUUAUCAAUAUGUCAAAUUGAAUUAUUAUUAAAUAAAAUUUUUCAUUCAUUCAAUUUAAAGAAUGAUCCAGUAUCUAGGAAAUUUUUUUUCCAAGUUAUAGAUAUAGCUACAAAUAAAAAUAUUACUUUGAAUUAUAUUAAAAUGGAUAAUAAGAAUAUAAAUAAUGAAUAUAAAAAGUAUUAUCUACAAUAUUAUAACAAUUUCUUAAAUGAUGAUAAUAAUAAGAAUAAUAUAAAGAAGAAAUAG